AUGACUGCGUGCAAUAUGAUGCAAGAGUCAACCAGGUUUCAGGCAAGUGAAAGAGAGAUCAUACUAGUAGAUGAUGAUUAUCCUAAUGAUAUCGGAGUAAGCGAUAUAUUCGGCAAUGUUCACGUUGGAGAAGGCCUCUACCUCAAUAAGGAUGUUUACGAGAGAUUAUACGGGUACCAGAAAAAGGCUCUUCUAUGGUUCUGGGGCCUCCACCGGAAGAACAAGGGAGGUAUUCUCGGUGAUGAUAUGGGACUCGGCAAGACAAUUCAAGUAAUUGCAUUCCUGAGGAGUUUGACAGAAACAAUACCAUCAUUAAAACUGAGAGUGCUCCUUGUUUUACCCGCUACAUUGAUUGAAAAUUGGAUAAGAGAGUUCAAUAAGUGGGCUCCAAAGAUAAACGUGUUUAAACUGCAUGGACAUCAGCCAAUGAAUACGAGAUGGCGUCUGUUAGAUAAGGUUCAGAUGACCGGCGGCGUCUUACUUACCAGCUAUGGCCUUCUUAGAACAUGUUGGUAUGAACUCAGUCUCAACAAGGAAAGACGAACCUUUGUCUGGGAUUAUAUGAUUUGCGAUGAAGGACAUCAGAUCAAGAACCCAGAGGCUCUGACGACCAAGGCAGCUCGCGCCAUCUCAGCUACCCAUAAAUUCAUCUUGACCGGUACUCCCAUUCAAAAUAACCUUAUGGAAUUCUGGACUCUCUUCAGUUUUGUUGAACGAUCAAUUCUCGGCGAGCAAAAAACAUUCAAGAGGGAAUACGAAACUUCUAUUGCAAAUUCAAGAAAAAAAGAAGCAAGUGAAGAGAUGAAGGCCAUGGGUAAUGCACUCUCCGAAAGUCUGCGGAGACUUACAGACCCGUACUUCUUGCACCGACGAAAGGCAGAUGUCCUCAAGAAGAAGGAAGUAAUAGAAGGAAAUGAGAAAGGGCAGGAGAACGAAGGAUCACUGAAGAAUGAGAGAAAACAGGAGGACGAUGCAUUGCCAGGCUGUUCUUAUUGGAGAAUGGACUCACAUCCACCAUUGAACGAAGCCAAGACUUUGACCCACAAGAAUGACUUGGUGAUGUGGCUCUCCCCUUCCCCAAAACAGUUCUUAUACUACAACCAGUAUAUCAACCUUAAAUUCUUCAAAAAGGUUAUGAGACAAAAUGACAAGAAAUGUGUCUUUGCGGAGCUGAUGAUUCUCAAAGGUCUGUGUGAUCAUCCUCGCUUGCUUUCUAAGAAAGCCUUCUGCAUGCUCGGACUCAUUCCACCUCCGAGCGAUGGCUGGCAAGAGGCAGCGUUUGAAAUGGAAUUUGCAGCUAACGACAUCACUCGGGUGAGCGAGGACGUUCUUAUACAAGAGUCUGGGAAGCUGGAAUUCCUCUUUAAGCUCCUUGAGAAUCUAAGAGAAGAAGGACAUCGAUGCCUUGUUUUCAGCAAAUCACUCAAGAUGUUGAAUAUAAUUGAGAAGAUACUACGAGGAAGGCGAUUCCGAUGGAAGCGGUUGGACGGCUCCAUCCAUGAUAUGACUGAGAGGGAAGCGAUCAUUCAAGACUUCCAGCAGGAUGAUUCUUAUAAUCUAUUCCUCCUGAGUACUAAAGUAGGAGGGACAGGGCUGAACUUGACAGGCGCAGACAGGAUCGUUAUAGUUGAUCCAAGCUGGAACCCAUCCACAGACAACCAGGCAGUGGGCAGAGCCUAUCGUAUUGGCCAGACCAAGUCAGUGAUAGUCUAUCGGCUAAUCACCUGCGGGACGGUGGAAGAGAAGAUCUACCGUCGGCAGGUCUUUAAGGAAUCUCUUAUCAAGCAGACCACGGGCAAUUCUGAUGAAGAUACGUACAGGUAA